UUUAAAAGAUCUUAUCCAGAGUGAAGAUGUGAAACCCAAGCUGCAGUACAUCAUGACUAACCCUUCCUUUUCUAUGGUAACAGUUCAAAGUGAAGACAGUGGGAUAACCUGGGAAACCAGCUCGAGCAGGUGUUCCACUCCCUGGGCCUCAGAAACUAGUACAACCUCUGAUCUCUACAGUAUUGAAAGUUCACCAGUAGGUUCUCCUCCAGGAAAAGUUAUCUUUAUUAUGGAUGAAGGUAAGAUUAUUCGGAAAAGGAAGCGCAAAUCAUCAAAUAGGGUGCCAGUGGCUGUAAGACUGAAGGGAGGUCAGGGAAAUAAAAAACGUGACUCUUCUGGAAUGCAGAGGCAAGAACCAAGAACCAUUCUAGGAGAUGUGCAGGCCUCCAUGUUGAACGUCGAACAGCUGGAAGCACAAGACACAGAUGAGGAAAUGCUGGAUGACAAAGAAGAUCUAGAGUAUAUCGCAAAAAAGCCAGUAAAACGUGCUCCGAUAAGAUCAAUAUUUAGAGAGAGCAGACUGAGAAAAGUAGGACCGAUCCUUGGAGGACCAGUACAAGCUAGAAUCCAGCUGUUCAACACAAUUUUUGGAGGGGCUGGGCCAGCCCCUGAAACACUGGAGAAAACCAGAAUCCAGAGAAGUGGCUCAGUUUCAGGAGAUCCUGAACAGUUCCUUGAAACAUCAGUAAAAGAAAGAUUGCAGAAGUUCAGUGAGCUUUCACAGGCAAUGCAGUCAAAAGCCUUCCACAGAACAAGAAGUAGAAAACUUGAAACACCAUCAGAGAGAAGAAAGGAGCAAAGAAAACAACCCACAUCACAUGCAAAUCAAAGCUAUUCUUCACCAACAACACCUCUUGAAAAACAGCUUUCUGAUAAAGGUGAUGUUUCAUCUGAAAAUAUUGAACCUGUUAGAAAAAAAGAUAAACCAAGCAAAUUUUCAACCUUUAGUGCAGAAACAGCUCUUCAACAUGAAGAAAGAAAAGACAGACAAUCUCUUUUGGAGACUCCAAAUCAAGUAUCAGGGGAGUCACUGAAGUCCUGCCCUUCUGAAGAAGUCAGGAAGCAGCAAAGCUAUUCACCUGCAGUCAAAACAUCAAUAACAGAGCAAACAACCUCCACUUCAUUUAAGUCUGAUGAGGAAUCAGAGAAACAAAUGCUGCCUCCCUCAGCUGAAAAUGCAAACAAGAAACCAGACCAAUCCCUUCUGACAGCAUCAGGUUAUCUGGAUGAACUUAAGGAGCAGGAAAUUCAGUCCAGACCUGCAGCAGAGUCUGUUUCAGCAGAUUUUGUUAAGGAAUUAGAUAGUAAAAGUACCCAGCCUAUUUUGCCUACAGCAUCCAUGUCAGAGCAUCCUGAGAGGGAAACACUGAAGUUAGCAGUUCAGUUAUACUUACCUAAUGCUCCAUCACCUAAAUCCAAGUAUUCCACUCUGUCUGAAACAAGUCAGGAGGAUGUUAUUCCUCAGUCAUCAGAAAUGGAACAAUCUGAGUCCAAACAUGUGCUUUUACCAGAUUCUGUAUAUGAAUUAGAGAAGCAAGAAACUGAGUGUCACUUAUCAACAACGGUGUUGUCAGAAACAGGUCUUUCAGGUCUACUGUAUUCCGCUAAAAAAAGAGAAGGUCAAAAGACACCACCACUGGAAAGUCAAAAUGUUCACGUAGAGAAGCAGACAAAGUCCAAACAAGACUUUUCAUCCUCCCUUCAGGAAACAGAGGAGCAAGGAAUUAAACUAAAUCCACCUAUUCCUGAAAAUAUAGAUUCUAAAUAUUUUGGCAUUUCGUAUCCUAUUCACACAAAACCAGAAGAAACUCAGAAAACUUCAGCUAUAAAUAAAGCAGUAGAUUCGAAUCAUACUGAUUUUUCCAUUGAAAAAUGCAAAGAAGCAGAGAGUGUGCAAAUGGAGGUGGAGCAUCUGGAUUUCUCAUAUCCCAGCAAAGAAACUGGGGAAUUAGAAAGAACACAGAUGGAGACAGAGUUUCCAGACUUCUCUUUUUCCAAGGAAGAAAUAGAAGAAUUGGAGGGUGCACAGAUGGAGAUGGAGCAUCCAGACUUUUCAUUUUCCAGGGAAGAAAUUGAGAAAUCAGAAAGUACACAACUGGAGAGAGAACAUCCAGAUUUCUCAUAUGCCAGAGAAGAAAUGAAAGAACUGGAGAAAACGGAGGAAUCAGAGAGCACAAAACUGGACACGGAAUAUCCAGAAUUGUUUUUUUCCACAAAGGAAACAGGGGAAUCAGAAAAUGCACAACUGGAGAUUGAACAUCCAGAUAUCUCAUAUGCCAGGGAAGAAACAGAGGAAUCAGAGAGUUUGCAACUGGAGAAAGAGCAUCCAGAAUUAUUUUCCAUGGAAGAAACAGAAGAAUCAGAGAGUGCACAGCUGAAGACAGAGCACCCAGACUUUUCUUUUUCCAGGGAAGAAGUGGAGGAAUUGGAGAGUGAACAGCUGGAGACCAAGCAUCCAGAUUUCUCAGAUUCCAGGGAAGAAAUUGAGGAAUCAAAGAGCACGAAACUGGACACAGAAUAUCCAGAAUUGCUUUUUUCCACAAAGGAAACAGAGGAGUCUGAGAGUACACAACUGGAAACAGAAAACCCAGAUUUCUUAUAUGCCAGGGAAGAAACAGAGAAAUCGGAGAGCACAAAACUUGGCACAAAAUAUCCAGAAUUGCUUUUUUCCAUGAAAGAAACAGAGGAAUCAGAAAGUGCACAGCUGGAGACAGAGCAUCCAGACUUUUCUUUUUCCAGGGAAGAAGUGGAGGAAUCGGAAAGUGCACAGCUGGAGACAGAACAUCCAGGUUACUUAUACUCCAGCAAGGAAACUGGAGAAUCAGAAAGCGUACAACUGAAGAUGGAGCACCCAGAUUUCUCGUAUUCCAGAGAAGAACUGCUAGAAUCAGAGAGUGCACAGCUGAAGAUGGAUCAUCCAGACUUUUCUUUAUCCAGGGAAGAAAUGGAGGAAUCGGAAAGUGCACAGCUGGAAACGGAGUAUCAGGAGUCUUUAUUUUCUGGAGAAGAAGCAGAAAAACAAAAACCUGUUCCUUUUGACCUGAAACAGCCAGAGUCUUAUUCCCUUGAAGAAGCAGAGCCCGAAGAAGCAGCACAGCUUGCACUGGUACCGUCAGAUUUGUCAUGUUUGAUGGAAGAAGCAGAGAAAGAAAGCACUACAAAACUCCAGUUGGCACAUCCAGUUACAUCAGAUUCCACCAGAAGAGCUGAGACACAGCAAGCUGGGUAUCUGGAAACUGCACUUUCAUAUUUACCACGUCCCACAAAUAAAACAAAGCAUCAAGAAUUAGUAAAAGCAGAUUUGGACAAUUCUCGCCUCUCAAAUUUUGGUGACAAAGGAGAACAGCUGCACGCUGUACAGCAGGGUUCACAGCCUGGAGGAAGGCUGUACUCCUGUGCCAUGGGAGUGCAAGGAGAAACUACUCAACUACAGACAGAGCAUCCGAUUUUGUCAUAUUCUACUGGAAAAGAACAGAAACAUAAAAUCUCACAGCUGAGGGCAGAACAGCCAUAUUCCACUGACAAAACUGAACAACAGGAAAUACUGCAACCAAAGUUGGAACAAGCAAAUUCACCAUAUUCCCAGGGAGAAACAGCACAAGAAGUUGUACAAAGAGACUUAGAAGGUCCGGAGCCAUCAUGUUUCAUUAGUGAAGCAAAUCAACAUGAAAGUGUACAACUGGCUUCAGAAAACUGGAAUUUCUCAUCCACCACUGGAGAAGUAGUGCAAGAAGGAGUGGAGUCAAGAUCUUUGGGCUCUUUGCAUUCAAUUGACAGAGCAAAGCCCUGGGAAAUGGCACAAAUGGAGCAGAGGCAGUUGCUUCCCUCCUGUUCCACUGCUGGUAGUCAGCAACAGGAAACACCACCUCUGGAUGUGGCCCAGCCAGAUGUAUCACAUUCCUUUGGCAGAAUGAAACAAGAAGAUAUAGUACAAAGACAGCUGGAACAGCAGGAAACAGCCCAACAAAAAGCUAUGCAAAUAGAAAUGGAAUAUUCAGAUUUGCCGGAAACUUGGGGGAAAGAACAGUCACAGGUCGGAAAUCAAUUUAAUCUGGCAGAGCAAGAAACAGCUCAACGAGACUUAGUGCAUCCAUCUUUGCCAUAUUCUUUCAGAGAACAAACAAAGCAAGAAGAAAUGCAAACACAGUCAGUACACCCAGAACAGGCAUUUUAUGCAAGUGCAGAAAUGCAGAAGGGAAUGGCACAGAACAAAUCAGAGCAACCAUUUCUUUCAUGUUUUACCAGCAAAACAGAGCAACAAGAAAUAGUACAUCCAGAGCUGGAGGAAACAGUUUUGCCAUCUUCCAAUGGAAGAGAAGCCCCACUGGAAAUGGAAGUAAGUUCAGAAUAUCAAGAUUCAUCAUAUUCCUUUCAAGAAGCUGAGCAACAAAAAAAGUUGAAACAUCCAACCUUGCCGUUUUGUUUGAAGCAACAAGAAACUGCACCACUGGUGAUGAAACAUCCAGAUUUUUCAGGUGUCAGUGGUGAAGCAAAACCAGGUGACAUCAUAAAGCCAGAGUCAGGACAUCCAGAGCUCUCAUACUCCAUGGAAGAAACACAACAAUUACCUGAACAUUUGGAUUCACUAGGAACCCUGGGUAAAGCAGCACAAGAUGAAAAUAUGGAAGUGGAAUCUAAAUACCCAAAUUUAUCAUGUUCUGAUGACCAAAGAAACCAGCAAGAAACUUCACAAUUGGAUUCAAAAUAUCCAGAUUUAUCCUUUUCCUUGUACAAAGCCAAGGAACAGGAAAGUCAAGAGUUUGAGUCUAAACAUGAAGAAAUGCCUAAAGUGGCCAGGAAAAGAACUUCUCCAGCAACUACACAAAUAGAGUCAAAACAUCCAGAUUUGACAUAUUCCCCUGGCAAAGCAAAUGAGACAGAAUUUGCACCGUGGGAAAUGAAACAUCCUGAUUUGCCACAUUCCACUGAUGAGACAAACCGACAAGAAGUAGUACUGUUGGAGCAGAAACUCCGAAAAAUUUCUGUUGGCAGAGAAAAACAGCAGCAAACCACAAAACAGCAGUUAGAGCAAGAAAAGUUACGACAUUCUCCUGGUAAAACUGAGCAAUUAAAACAUGCCCAAGAGGAUGUGGAACAACCAGAUUCAUCAUUUUCCAUUGACAGGCCAGAUGAUGAAAUGGCCCAGUCAGAGGCAGAGCACACUGGUGUGAUAUAUCCUCUGGACAACAAAGAGGUGGAACAAAAAGUACAACAUGAAAUGGAACAAACUUACCCCUUUGGAAAAGCAGAAGAGAAAACGGUUCAGCCAGAAGUGGAAAUUCCACAUUUGACCCUUUCUGUGGGUACAGCAGAAGAAGAAAUGGCUGAACCAGGGCAGGUUCCUGAUUUGCCUUAUUCUAUUUUCAAAGCAGGAGAACUGGAAACUGCACAGCUGAAACCUGAACAGCCUGGUCUAGCAUGUCCCCUCAACAAAGUGCAGGAAAGGACCCAGCUGGGAUGGGAACAGCCAGAUGUGUUUCAUGUUCAUGACAAAACAGAGCAAUUCCCACCUGCCCAGCAGGAGCUGGGCUGCGCAGAUUUGCCACCCCCCACUUGUAAAGUGGGGCAGCAAGGGAUGGAGCCCACAGCCUUGAGAUGCCCUGUUGAGGAACACUCUGUCAGCAGACCUGAGGAUCUGCAAGCUGCAAAAGAGAAACUAGGAGCUUCAGAUGCAUCAUCUCGUAGUGGAAAAGUGGAGCAAAAAGAAUUGGCAAAACCAGAGUCAAAGCAUCCUGUUUUAUCUUAUUUCAUUGAUAAAAUAGAAACAGAAGAAACUACACAACUGGUGUUAGGAAAACCAAGCCUAUCAUCUUUGCCUGGCAAAACAGAGUUAGCAGAAACAGCUCAAGAGGAGCAGUCAGGCUUCUUGCAUGCUUUCAAAAAAACUGCACAGGGAGAGAAAGCACAGCCAGAAUUGGGACAUUCGCAGUUAUAUUCUUCUCUUAGUGAAGCAGAACAAGAAACCGCACAUGCGAAAUCAAACUGUGCAGAUUUAUCUGCUGGCAGAUUAGAACACCAUGAAAUCAUACACUCAGAGGCAGAAAUAAUGGAUUUAUCAUGUUCAAUUGGUGAAACACACCAACCUCAAAUUGCUGAAGUGGAUUUGGAGUAUCCAGAUUUAUUGCAUUCCACUGGUACAGUACAGCAACAAGUAAAGAUUCAACCAGAGCAGGAACAGCCAGGUGAUGUUUCACCAUCUCUCAGCAAAGAGCAAUGGGAAGGUGCAAAAAUACAGGCAGAAAGCUCUGAGUUGCAGUGCUCUAUGGGGAAAACAGGACUGCAAAGUUCCCAAGCAAAAUCAGAAUAUGCAGAUUUGUCAUUCUCUGUUGACACAUCAGAAACUUAUAAAACAACACAGCCAGAGUUGAAAGAACAAAAUUUGUUGCAUUCUUUCAUCAAAACAAAGCCAUCAUGGCCUGCUCCCAUGGCAUCUGAACAUCCAGAAGUCUCAGAUGCCAUGGGCAAAGUACCGCAUCUUGAUUUAUCCUCUUCUGUUAAUGAAGAAAAACGAAGUGCACACCUGGAGGUCAAACAGGAGAGGGGAAGCUAUGCAUUACACCCAGAGGAAACAGUACGACUGAAAUUGGAACAGCAGAUGUUUUCAAGUUCUCGUGGGACAGCAGAGCAACCAAAUAGAGCCCCACUGGAAGGUGAAUUCCUGGACUUCUUGUAUUCCUAUGACAAAGAAGAGCAACCAGAAAUGGCAAAACAGGAGUUGGAGCAUUCAGAUUUAUCUUACUCCACUGAUAAAACACAGCAACAGGAAACCACACAAUUUGAGUUAGAACAACCAGAUUUAUCAUCUUGCCCUAGGAAGGCAGAACAACCACAAGUUCAAGUGGAAGCCGAGCACCGAGACUUGCCGCAUUUCCCUGGAAAAACAGAAUGGCGAGGAACAGGGCAACCACAGGUUGAGCAUCCAGAUAUGUCAUAUUCCAGUGACAAAGUAGAGCAGCCACCAUCUACACUAUGGCAAUCAGAGCAGCCUGUGAAAACCCACCCCACUGGAAAAAGAGAGAAACAAGGAAUGGCACAUCCAGAGCCGGAACCUUCCGGUUCAUCAUUUUCCAUUUGCAAAACACUGUCACAAGAAGCAACACAAAUGGAGUUAGGGCAACAAGAUUUAACAUGUGCCCUUGGUAAAACAGAUGAAAUGCAAACUGUGCAAGGUGAACUGGAACAUACAGGUUCCUUGUAUUCUCCUGGCAAAAGAGAACAAGAAAUAAUGAUUUUGCCAGACUUGCGACAUCCACAGUUGUCUUAUCCUGUUAGAGAAACAGAAGAGGAAUCUACACAUCAGAAAUCAAACUAUCCAUAUUCAUCAUAUUCUACUGGUCGGCAAGAGCAACAUGAAAUUGAACAACCAGAGGAAGAAGAAAUGGAUUUAUGCUAUCUAGCUGGCAUAGCAGAGCAGUCACAACCUGCCCAGGAAGUACUGCAACAGCCAGAGCUUUUGGAGUCCUUUGGCAAACUAGAGGAAAAGGGAAUGGCCAAGCCUGGCUUUUUGCACUCCCUUGGUGAAGAAAAGCAGAAAUCAGCUUCACAAUUAGACGUAGCACAACCAGGUUUAUCACGUUCACUUGGCAAAACAGAAAAACAGGAAACUGCACAAGCAGGCUUUGUGCCUUCUGAUUUUUCAUAUUCCACAGGAAAAGCAGAGCAUUUGCAACCAGCACAACUGAAAUCAAAAUGUCCAGAUGUGUCAUAUUCUCUUGGCAAAGCAGAGACUCAUGGAAUGAAACAACCAGAUUUAUUGUACUCCUAUGGCAAGGGAGAGCAACUGCAGGCCACCCAGCUGGAGCAUCCAGAGACAUCGUAUUUCACGGGUGAAAUGAAGUGGAGGGAUGGGGCCCAACCUGAACUGCAGUGCAUUAAUUUGCAUUCUGUUGUCAAAAGAAAGCAACCAGAAACACCUUCUGUAUCACAUACCUUGGGCAGGAUCGAGGAGCAGAGAACUGUACAGCCAGACUUUGAGCAAUCAGUUUUAUCAUGUCCUACUGACAAAGCAGAAAAACAUGAAGUGGUCCCGCUGAGAGCAGGACAUUUGGAGAAGACAAACACUGGGACUACUUCAUCUCUAACUGCUCAGUUGGAAACUGAACAAGAUUUAUUCUUUUCCACUGAGGAAGCAGAGCACCAAAAAAAUCAACCAUAUUCAUCUCUUACCGAACAAACACCUUUGGGUGUUUCACAUUCUGUCUCUGAAACAAAACCACAAGAAAGCCCAGAGUCUUCAUCUGUAAGUGGAGGCCUGUCCCCCAAGCACUUAGCUUCAUCUUAUACCCACAGUAAAACAGAGCAGCCAGAAACUGUCCAGCCUGAAUCAGGUUUCUUCUUUGCAAGAAGAGAUGCAGAAAAUACAAGCAGUCUUCUACAUUUGCCUGUGGCUGCACAGUCAGAGGCUGAACAUGUAAUUUUACCUGAAACAGAGAGAGAACAGACUCCACAUUACCUCCACACAGCUAUGCAAUUAGAAUCUGAACAAUUAAAUCUAUCAUAUUCUACAGAUAAAGCAGAAACUCUAGAAAGUCAAGAUUAUUUAACUGUACCUACAAAACUGGAGUCUAAACCCUCAGUUCCGCUUUAUUCAGCUGAUGAAACAUGUCAGCAAGAAAUUCCAUCUUAUUCAAAACCAAUCUCUGAGUAUUUGGUCCCUGAAUGGUCCCUUGUUGAACAAGAAAAGCAAAGCAUGCAGCCAGUUAUUCCCCAGUCUGCACAAUUAGAGAGUAAACACCUAAUUCCACCACAUGAUGAAAAAGAAUUGCAAAAAAAUCAGCUCUAUUCACCUAAAACAGCAAUCCUGAAGACAAUGCAGUUGGAGGCUAUGUCUGUAGUGCACACACAAGACCAAGAUGAGAAAGAAUCUCAAGAUCGUUUGUUGGACACAAAAUAUUUGUCAUCAGAGCAGGUAAGAAGUUCCCCCAAAUACACUACUGAGCAGGAUAAGCAAGAAAUGCAACCUGAUGUGCAGACAGUGCCAAGGUCAGUGACCACAGAGUCAAAAGUGACUGCUGUAGCAGACCAGCAAGCAGUAUCAUCAGAUUCAUUUGCACCUUUCUAUACAUUACCUGAAAAGUCAGUAACAGUAGCUUUCACUGAUGAUGAAAAGAAACAAAAUAUUCCACCAUCUUUAUCUGCCAUAGUAGGCAUACUUGGAAAGCAAUCUAACAUAGUUUCAGGCAUUUAUACUGAAGGAGAGGAUAGAUGUGAACUGCAACCAUGUUUUGGAGACAAAAAGGAUGCAUCCUUAGAGCAUCUGGGAGCUGUUUCAUCAGAUCUUGUUUCUGAAACUGUGACACAAAAUACUCAACAUUAUUCUGGUGAACAGGGCAGUCUUUCUUCAGCAGAGAUGAAGCCUGUUAGCUCUAGUUCUGAUGAAAAGCAAAAUCCAGAUAUUCCACCUUUUGGACUAGCUAGCUGGUUGGCAGAAGAGGUGAAGUCUCGCUCACUUAGUCCAAUAAGAGCUACAGAAGUAGACAGGCAAGAAAUUAAACUUCCUCCAAAUGAAGCUUCUGACUUUGGAUCAAAACAAUUCCCAUCUGAAAGUUGCACAGAACUUACAGUUCAUGGUACUACACAGAAUAAAAAACAAAUGUUUAGAGGUUCUGAAUCAGUGUCAAGCAAAACUUCCCCCAGAGUGUCCUCAGACACAAGUCACAGAGCACAAAGGUAUGAUUUACCAUCUCUGGGAGGAGAUAACCCAGGUCCAGACAAAGUUCCAGAGCAUGAAACUAGCAUUGGAAACGCUGAAAAAAUGGAAGCAAUGCAAUGUCCAGAGGUAGACAAAGUGUCUGAAGUGCUUGAACAUUACCUGAGAGAAGAAGAGGAAGAAAUGGAACAUGCAAGUGCUCCAGAAGAGAGUCAGCAUGUUUCAGAGCCUACUGAACAAAAGGAUCUAUUUAAUAUAAUUUCAGAAGGUUAUGAAAUACUCAAUAUUCAUGCUCCUAUGCAUAUUUCAUCUGUUGAUCAAGAAGAAAGUAAACACAUGCCAGAUAAACUGGAAUACUUGGAAACCAAUCCUCUAUUUAAAAGAAAAUUAGCCGAUGAUGGCGAUAGAUGCCUACCUUCUGGAACAACCACAGAAAUUUCUGAAAGCUCAGUGUUGGGAAAGCCUGCAAGCCAUGAACUGAAAGAAUUGGUAAAAAAUGAUGACAUUGAGGAAACUAGAGAAACACAACAAGAAAACCCCAUGUUGCCAGAAGACAAUAAUAAUGUAGUGUUGGAUCCUAAUAAUGGUAUGGCCAAUGUGGAUUAUUUUGAAAAAUAUACGUUGAUUGAUGAUAAAUCCCCAAUUAAGCCACAUUUUGAGAGACCGAGUUCAUUGUUUCCUGUGGCAGAAGAUCCCAGUGAACCUGUGGAAGAGGUCAUAUCUUUUAAAGAAACCACUGAGGCUGAUACUUUGGAAGAGGAGUUUCCCUUACUUGAGGAUCUGGAUGAAGUCUUUUAUGGUGCUGUGAAAGAAGAAAGCAAAAUGCAGCCUUAUGCAGAUGUUCCAAAACCUUUACUUCUGCAGAAAUCAAUUGAUUUUGGCAGCAGAAAGGUUACAAGUGUAGAAGAUGAAUGGAAAUCACCAGGGAACCCACUCUUUGAUUCCGAAGAAGGAGUGCUAGAGCGAUCUCUGUUGUUCCCUACCACUGUUGCUGCAGUUAAUCCAGAGCUCCUAGAGGAGCCACCUGCUCUGUCAUUUUUAUACAAGGACCUCUAUGCGGAAGCAGCAGGAGAAAAGACAAAAGAUGAGAAUGAUGGAACUGGAAUAUAUUUUGAAAAAUACAUUCUUAAAGAUGAGAUUCCAAGCAAGGCCAUAGGGCCUCAAAAGUAUCAGGUACCAGAAGAUGAGUCCUUUAGUGGAGGAAUUUCAUUUCAGAUUUCAGAGGACAAGCACAAGCAAGGGUCUGGUGAUGUUCAACAUGUCAAAAGUGAGGUUCUGCUGGAAAGAGGUGCUGUGGAGAGAGAGGAAGUCCAGGUUGACAGUCACAUUCAAGCAACAAUUUGUAAACCAAUGCAUGCUAUUCCUUUUGGAAGGAACGUAAUUCUUUCAGGUCCAAGAAGUGAUACCACUGAACAAAGAGAGGAAGAAAAUGUACCUGUAGAAACAACUGAGGAGUUGCCAGAGCAGCCAAGUCAUCAAACGUAUAGUCAGCUAGUGGAUUAUCAGGGAGCUGCAUAUCAAGAAGCUGAUAAUAAGCAGGAAGAACAGCAUGACAUAACAGCAGUUCCUCAAAUGGAAAAAUAUGUCCCGUAUAGCAAAAAAAACAGUGAACAUGAUGAGUAUACUCAGGAAAAUCUUUCAUGUGUCCCUACCAUUCAGCAGACAGAGAAGCCAGACUUGCGAAGUGAGGAGCAGCACCCUGAUGUUUAUGAAGAUCUCGCUGAGUCAAUGGACUAUGAUGUGAUUACACAAGAAGAACUUCUGCAAGAUGAAAUAUUGUCUCAAUUCACACAUGAGGAGCUAUUAUUUGAAGACAGAGACUCUUCUGAGCAUGCUGGUGAUAGUUAUGAAUUUGUUAAUGAGCCAGAGCAAAGAACACCCGUUGAGCUUGAAGAUUCAGGCUUUGUGGUGAUGUAUCCUGAAAAAUCAGCAACAAACAUUCCUCAAGUUGAGAGCCCACAAAGGGAACUGAAGAAAAUGCAAGCAGACACAUAUUGUUACAACUGCAAAUGCCCAAUAUCUGCUAUUGACAAGCUUUUUGGAGAACAUAAAGACCAUGAAGUCACAACACUAGAUGAUGCCGCAACCAAGAUGAAGGAUCAGUUAAGUGAAUUGUUAAUAGCACUGGAAGAAAAGUCAAUGAAGACUGAAGAGUUUGUGAGUGAUAUUGAAUCACGAUUUAACUCUGUUGAGGAAAACUGUAAGAAAAAUGCAGAGCUAUUGGAAAAGCAGAAUGAAGAGAUGCUUAAGAAAGUGGUAGCACAAUAUGACGAGAAAUCAGAGAACUUCGAGGAAGUGAAGAAGAUUAAAAUGGAGUACCUGUAUGAGCAAAUGGUUAACUUUCAGCAAACUGUUGAUUCAUCAAAAGAAACUUUGGAGGCAACAAUAAAAGAAAUGGAAGAACUUGAUGGAUUUGUUUUCCUAAAUGUAA